GUGAAAUUAAUAUUUGUGUGCAGUUUAUGUUUUGCAGACAAAGAUGGCUUCGGUCGCUAAUGCUGAAGAAUUGGAUGCCGUUACAUGCUCCGUGUGCAAAGAUGUUUAUAAAAAUCCUGUGAAGAUAUCGUGUGACCACACGUAAGUGUCUACGUACUCUCAUUUUAUCCCUUUGUUAGCGCUUUCAUGUGUGAAUCGAGUAUUAAUCUUACUUUCGUUUUCAUAUCUUGUUGUUUUUUCAUGCGUUUAAAAUGGUUUUUGUGUUUCUAAAAGCACCGCUCGCAUGCGGACAGAAUAAUCGCAAUCUAGAAUUGUAAUUUCUGCAUUCGGCACAACGCAUACCUAUGUACUAUAAUCGUUAUUUGGUAUGAAAUGUAUGGACGGCUCCGUUCUAGAAUGUCGUCAUUAGUCCUAUACUUUGUCUGUUACUGCUCUGUAGCUUGGGUUUGAUCGGAAAAUAAGCUUUAAGAUAUACGACUUGCACUAACUCUAAGCUAUUCAUAUGUACUACGAGUAUCAACGAAAUUUCGGAGAUUUGUACGUGAUUUUUGUCAUUUUUUCCCAGUGUUUCGACAGCUUACUGGCUACUGCUGCAGAGCAUUGUUGACGGAAGUGAAAUUAAAAAUUGAAACUAAGCAAAUAUCUGUUUCAUUUAAUUUUUCACGUACUUUUACUUCAUUUUAUCCUACAUAAAAUUUUCUUAUGUUAUAAUUUAUAUUUUAUGCGUUUCAAUGGUAUCCGAAAACAGUCGAAUCGAAACGCAUGUUCUAAUAAAUCAUCACUUUCGCUUUAAAUUUUGUAAAGGUUCAAAUUCCCCGUAGGGGGAUUCCAGGUAUCUGUUAUUAAUUAUUCGCAUAAUUUACAUAGGUUUUAGCGUAACAAGUUUGACACAACAGAAUGUCGCUUUACAUUUCAAAUUGAACGUUUACAUGAUAGGUUUUUCAAUUACGUACCCAUGUUAGUUAAUGGCGUUAGCCAGCCCGACAAUUUGCUCAUGCUAUGCAAAUUUCAAUCGUCCAGGGGGGGGGGGGGGGCUCCUCAUAAGAGCACUGUCCUAGACCAUGGCGUCAGCAUUUUGAUGACGAAUCAUGGCGUGGCAGCGGUUACGCUGUUUUGGCUGCAGUCGACCUUCUGUGUGUCUUUAUUCUGUGCCCUACUAGGCAAGGCUAACUAAACCUAUAGCUAUCAUCUUGCUCAACUUUUACUAGAUUUUGUGAAGACUGCGUUAACCAAACUUGGGCAGCCAAUGGGAAUCAGACAUGCCCGGUUUGUCGCAAACCUGCUGAUGGCUUAAAAGAGACUGAUUUUGAUAUGAUUCAGAAGAUGUCAAUACAAUCAAUCAUUUGCAGCAGAUGCAGUAACAAUGUAAGCAGUUGAUGUCUUUGUCUUGCAUGUAGGUUCCCUGGGAGACCCUCGGUUCUCGUCAAGAAAAUACAUGCGUCUUUUUAUGUUAUGUUUCCUCUUGGCGUUACCGUCCUGAAUCUUGCAGAGAAUGAAAUGGUUAAACGUAACGUCAAUUUCUUUAUUGCUAGGUGAUUUUGACAGAAUUCAGACGUCAUGAAAGAAUCUGUGGCAGUACUGCAAGUUUCAAUGGACCUUCAACUAGGUACUGUAGAUGAGCACAGCGCUGGAAAAUGUCAGGCCCCUGCCUUAUUAGCCUGCAUGGCAGGCGGUCCCUAAAUUCGGGCACCAGCACUGCUGCCAGGGAAUUUUUAAUAAAAUACUUCACAGGGAUUUGAUUUUUUUAUUCAAAAUUCUAAAUGUAUUUUUGAAAUCAAAUUAUCAUGUGUGCAGAUUGAUUGUGGCUUGUAGUAUAGCACAUUAUCUAAAACCUGGAGGUUUGUUUGAAAAGUUGUCUUCCUUGUACAUAACUAUGAAGUAAUCCAUCUUUUCUUAGCCUUGGUCUUGGUCGUGGUCUAGGAGAUAUGUCUGGAAACAAUAUCUAUACAUUUCCAUGUCCUUACUGCAGCAAGAGAAAUCUUGACAGAGACGAUCUUUUGCGUCAUGUGUUGGGCCUGCACAAGGAUGAAGACCCUAAAGUGGUAUGAAUACGUUACUAUAGUACAGCCCUUGUUCUUUGAGUUUUGUUUUCAUAAAUUUAUUUGCAUCAAUAAUGCAUACAAUAUGUUAUCAAGAAUAACAGUUACAUAAGAGGAAUUACCUUUUUAAGCGAAGAUCCAAAAAGGCAAGAGAGUUGAUGAGAGUUCCAACUCGUAUUUGAGCGCCAACUCUCAACGCGCGGUAAUAUCCAUUCAACUCUCAUGCAACUCUUGUUCUCGUUUGACCGGGGCAUGAGAGUUGAGAAAACAUUCAUGCAAACUCACGCUUCUCAACUCUCAUGCAAACUCUCGCUUAUCAACUUUCAUGCAAACACUCGACUCUCAUGCAAACUCUCAUUUCUCAACUCUCAUGCAAACUCUCGUGUUUCUCAACUCUCAUGCAAACUCUCGCUUCUCAACUCUCAUGCAAACUCUCGUUUCUCAACUCUCAUGCAAACUCUCGCUUCUCAACUCUCAUGCAAACUCUCGUUUUUCAACUCUCAUGCAAACUCGCGUUUCUCAACUCUCAUGCAAACUCUCGCUUCUCAACUCUCAUGCAAACUCUCGUUUCUCAACUCUCAUGCAAACUCUCGUUUCUCAACUCUCCUUUGACUGAGGCUUAGUUUAGUUGUCGAAUAUGUUAAUGUAUGGGAUACUUGUUACUUCAGGUGUGUCCAAUUUGUAAAGUGAUGCCGUGGGGAGAUUCUGAUCAACUCAGUGGCAACUUUCUUGAUCAUAUCAAAUUACGUCAUCGUUUUGACUACGACCGUUUUGUGGUAAGAAUCAUCUUCGUAUUUUGUCCAAAGAAGACUCGUAUAAUUCGAUCUUUUCUUACUAUUUACCCCCUCCCCCCCAUUGGGUGAAUGUUUUCAGCUAACACUGUAUUUUGGUAUCAUGGUAACAACAUUGUUUUGGGGGGAGGGGGGGCAAAUAGGAUGUCUCGAUAAUUUUUGCUCGUGAUUGUAGGAUUUGAAUCAAGAUGAAGAUACCGCGUUCAAAAAUACUCUGACAUUGAGCAUGCAACAACAUUGAAUAUGCUCUGAGAUGGCAAGGACAAUGUUGGUGAGAUUUAACUGAGCUGAUGGUCGAACGUCUAUUGAGUUUAUUAAAAUAGUUUCUAGCUGUAUUUACUUAUGUAUUGAAUUAUUUACGCUAUAUGGCAGGAAUCUCAGCCAAUAAUUUGCACAUUUAUUAAACUUAUAACUUUGAAUCCUGUAGAUCACACAUCUAUAAAUCUUGCCACAAUUGUCUAAAUAAAUUGUGCAGCCAUAAUGGUGGCUAUAUAACGUAACUUUAACUGGUAACUAUAUAACAUAAUAAUGAAACAAUCUGUUGUGGCAACUUUUUGAGGUAAGAAUUAUAUCUGCUCUAUCUUUAUAAUAUCGAGCACACUUCAGCAUUUUGUGAACCAAAACACCUUCUAACUUUGGUUCCAUAUAUUUAUAUUGAAGCCUAAUCACUGAGGAUCACUUACUGAUAACAUGAAAGUAUUAUUACGAUGCAUGCUGAUAGUUUAGGAUAAAAACAGUAUUUACACGCAAGUGAGUUACUGAGAUAUGAUGGACUUCGUGGAUAACUGAUAUGGACAAAAAGUAAGAAUGCAGGUUGUAAAAAAAUAUAUUGUAUUGUCAUGUUAGUGAAUAGUAUACAUAUAUAACCAACAGUGUUGUGUUUAUUGAUUUAAAAUUUUGACCUAUGUCGAGAUUUAAUUUUUUUUAUUAUGUAACAGAACUUCAUUAGUUUUCUCAAUAUAAAUAUUCAUAAUUCAAAACGGAAUCCUCCUAACUAUUAAGUUUAUGUUUGAAAGAGACAAAUCCUCGCCCAUUAGGGAUCAAGGUCUUCACCCUAAAACAAGGAGGGUGCCCCCAUACGCAAAUGACUAGGGUGACAAUCCCUACCUCCUUUUUAAAUGCACCCGGGUAUAUUUAUCAACCAUACCAUGUUAAAUAUAUCUAUAUAAUUAAUUUAGCUUACAUGGUUAUAUAUAAAAUAGAUAUGCAGUUCUAAACUGUAUUGCCUUUACGUAUGUACCCGUAAUUUGCUAAAGCGUAAUAUAUUAUCAUAAAUUUAAAUAUGGAAUUUGUUUAAGUCUUCGGAGGACUUCGAUUUGAAGAGAUCGUCCUCGCUUUGGGUAAUAUCCAACAAUGGACCCCAGUCCCCGUUUUGAAUCUCCUCUUUCUCGAAGCCGAUGUCCAAGAGAUGUGGGUUUGAUCUUGACCUUGCAAGCCUA